AUGAAUUCCUUUUGCGGAGGUCUGUUGUUUGCCCUUUUGGUGGGAGCCAGUUGGGCAGCUCCUCAUGGAGGACAUGCCACCAGCUACAGCUCGGUGACCAAACACGAAGGACCUGUCCACAAGAGCCUGGGCUACGGAUACGAUCACGAUGUGGUCAGUGCCUACGGUGGCAUCUACGGACACGGCUAUCCGAGUCUCGGCCACUCGGGCUACGGAUACGGAUACGACAAGCACGAGCCCCACCACUAUCCCAAGUACCACUUCGACUACGGCGUCAAGGAUGCCCACACCGGAGACCAGAAGAGCCAGUGGGAGACGCGGGAUGGCGACAAGGUGAAGGGCAGCUACUCCCUCAAGGAAUCCGAUGGCACCACCCGAGUGGUGGAGUACACCGCCGAUGACCACAAUGGCUUCAAUGCCGUGGUGAAGAAGCUCGGCCACGCCCACCACCCCCAGGUCUACCACAAGGGCUACGGACACGGCGAUGUCUACGGCGCCGACUACGGCUACGGUCACGAUGUGGCGCACUUCGGCGGAUACGGACACGGACACGGAGGCCACGCCAGCAGCUACGUGAGCGUGAAGCAGCUGCACUAG